AUGGGCCAGUGUGUCACCAAGUGCAAGAAUCCCUCAUCAACUCUGGGUAGCAAGAAUGGAGACCGUGACCCCAGCAGCAAGUCACAUGGUAGGCGGAGUGCAAGCCACCGUGAGGAACAGCUGCCCGCCUGUGGCAAGCCAGGUGGAGAUAUCCUUGUCAAUGAGACCAAGAAGGCAGAGGCUGCUCCUGAGGCCUGCCAGCUGCCAACAUCCUCCGGAGAUGCUGGGAGGGAGCCCAAGUCAAAUGCCGAGGAGUCGUCUUUGCAGAGGUUGGAAGAACUGUUCAGGCGCUAA